AUGAUCAUUAUCACAUUUCUUCAUCUUUAUAUCAUUUACGGUUUUAUCAUCGUUUUCACCUGUUUAUCCGUGUCGAUCGCUCAAUUUCUCCAAUCGGAGAAAAUUUUACAUAUUCUCGGGAUAAUUUGUGCGAGUUUAGCGUUAUAUGUUCCAAUAUUUUUGAAAUAUCAUUGUUCAUACACUGAAUUCGCUGAUGCAUUAGUCAGUAUCUUCUCUGCAGUGACAGGUUUUUUAUUUACUUUGAAAAUUAUCGAAUUAAUCUUUACAUAUCCAUGGUCGGUACAAAAACAAAUCACAUUGAAACAGAUUCUCAUCGAUUUUUCGACAUUUCCACAAUAUAAAUAUGAAGUUGAACCACGUUCAAUCAGAUCAAGCUCAAUCUCUCCGACGUUUUUAACUUAUUUCACUUAUUUAAUUCUCGGCCGUGAUGAACAUCAACUUUCACCUCGUGAAAAGAAUCUUUUAAUAAUCAUUCGUGGUUUAUCUCAAUUACUAUGUCUACGUCUUCUUCUUCAUUCUACUCCUUACACAGUUCUUCGUCUUCACAGUCAAAAUUCUCAUUUUUUCUCAAUCAUUCAUUUUUUUAUCUACGCACUUUAUGGUUUUAUUUUCUAUUUUGCACUUGGAAUGGUUAUUAAUCUUGUUUUUGGUUUCAUGGGUUUCGUUUGGAAUGUUCCUAUACGUUCUGUUUAUCCAGGUUAUCCAUUUUUACCAUUAGGUCUUCAUGAUUUUUGGUCACGUCGAUGGAAUAUUUACAUAAAAACAAUUCUUCAUCGAAUUGCUUUUAUUGCUCUACCGAAAUUAACUGGUGUUAAAGACAAAUCCAACGCACGAAUUAUCUCCGCAGGUGUUUUUGCGUUCUUUGUUUCGGGUCUUUUACAUGAAUUUAUGUACACUGUUUCAAUGGAUCGAUGGUCAGGUGGAAAAUAUAUGUUAUUCUUUUUGAUUCAUGGACUUUUAGUUGGAUUGGAAUUAACUCUUGAAGGAUUGUUUAAACGAAAACCUUUAUUUCCAGUUGUUAUUAGAUGGAUGUAUACAAUUCUUGCUCUGUAUUCGACAAGUCAUCUUUUUUGUGAUCCUUGGAUUGAAGUCGAUUGUUUUGCUACGUUGAAAACAUAUUUAGGAUGA